AUGUCUAAAGGUAAAAAGGGUGUUAUAUUCUUUUCAAUGGGAUCAGUAAUGAGAACAACAGAUAUGGAUGAAAAUUUUAGAAGGAAUGUAUUAUUAACUUUCUCUCAAUUGACUGAUUAUCAUUUUAUUGUAAAAAUUGAGAAUGAUGACAAUUUUUCUUUAAAUUUUGCCAAACAAUUCAAAAAUAUUUUUGUCACAUCAUGGGCUCCACAAACUUUUAUUUUAAAACAUCCUCGAUUAAAAUUAUUUAUUACUCAUGGAGGUUACAAUAGUUUAAUGGAAUCAGCACGUGCUGGAAUACCUUUAAUUUCUAUGGGAUUUUUUUCUGAUCAGUAUAGAAAUGGACGUGUGGCAGAAAGAAAUGGUUGGGGACUUCCAUUUGAUAAAAGAUUGUUACUUAAUGGAAAUGAAGAAUUUAAAAAGGCUAUUUUACAAGUGAUCGAAAGCCCUAGGUAAUGUUUUUUAAUAAAUACAAUCCAACCUCAUUUUAAGAUUCACUCUUAGGGCUAACAGACUUUACUAGAAACCAUCUCCAUCAUUACGGACAUAACUAUAAGAUACCUUCAAUACCACAGAUGUCACGGGUAGGGUAAAAGAGAAGUAGAAUUCUGGAUUAAGUUUUCGAAAAUUUCUCGGACGGGUAUCGUCUUGGUUUUCGGAUAACCCAUGAAAUCCCUGCUACACUCCUCAAUAUAAAUUUUU